CCGCCUCCGUCGUCGUCGUCUCGUACCGGCGCCCACGUAGACGUCCUUAUCUGCGCCGCCGUGCUCCGCCUCCGCGUGCUCGCGGCCGGUAUAAAUUAAUGCCACCUGAACGGCUGAACCUGCUACCUUAUCGCCAUCCUCCUCUUCGUUACGUUCGAUCUCCUCACCGCAAAGCAGCUGCGACGCCCGAUCGACGGCGACACACAGCUAGCCAUGGCGUCGUCCAAGGCCCUCCUGCUCGCGCUCCUCGCGGCGGCCGCCGUGCUCGCCGCCGCGGCGGACCAACGAGCCCGCACGCAUGACAGCAAGGAGGAGAUGGCAAACGGCGGCGCCGGCGUGGAGCACUGGCACGGCGGCGGCGGAUCAUCAGGUGAUGAGCACAGCCACGGCUGCGAGCACGGCUGCUGCCGCCGCGUAUACCACGGCGGCUGCCAGAAAUGCUGCCCGCCGCCCGCUGCCCGGCCGGAGGUGGAGAACUAGCAAGACCUGCAUGCGGCGUGCCCGGCGUGACGCCGAGCAGGAUCAUAUCGGAGAUGCCCAGCGAGGGUGUUCUUCAAGUUCAAACUAGCUAGUUACCCAACACGGGUGUAGCUUAUUAUUAGCUUGGUAGUGCGUGGUAUGGUAGUGCGUGGUAGCAUCCUUACGAGUGAAUAACGUGCAACGUGCACGAGGAUAGGCCCUUGUAUGGACGUACGUACACAUGUACGCCUUCCUCCUCCUCCUGCUGCUGCUGCUUCGGAAUAAUUAUGUGUGUUUGUGCUGUGCCUGUACUGGUACUGCCGUAGCAAGAGGUAUGUAGAACAUGGUGUGCUUGAACUUGAAAUCCAACCGAAGUUGCUG